AUGUCGCCCUCGACGCAGAAUGCCGACGCGGGCCCAGCCGUGAAAGCGAAGGAGGACGAGGUCGCGACGCCGGCCGUCCGCAUCCUGCCCACCCCGCAGGCGCAGGUCGUGAGGCACGUCCACGCCGCCCUGCUCGUGUGCCUGUUCCUCGCGCGGUUCGGGGCCCUCGUCGCCGACCCCGUGUCGGCCAUGUCCAACGCGACCCCCGUCGUCAUGGCCACCCAGGCCCUGUACGCCGUCGUCUGCCUGCCGCCGGCCGGCUCGCAGACGGCAAAGCUCGCUAAGAAAAUCCGGCCCGGCGAGAAGAGGAGGCCCGGGGCCGAGAGCACCGGACCGAGUGUUGCCGUGACCACCCUCAUCGCUUUCAUACUGUCGGCAAUCGCAACGCCAGCGCUCCACGUCGUCCUGGUCCUCUUCGGGGCGCCGUUCCUGACCCAUCUGCCGCACACCCUCCUCUGCUCCCUGCAUCUGGCCACUCUCGGGCUCUUCCCGCUGUUCUACACUCGUGGUGUGUCAGGCAAGGCUUGGCUCGAGAUCUUGAGCGCGAGGGCCCCGCUCGACGAAGUGUUUGGGGGCUUGCUGGGCGCUGGCGUGGGAGCCUGGCUCGGCGCGGUGCCGAUUCCUCUGGAUUGGGAUCGAGAGUGGCAGAAGUGGCCUGUGACUAUACUGUGUGGCGUUUACAUAGGGUACCUCGCCGGAAAACUGAUAGGAGGUAGCAGCCUUGCCUUGGGAAAGAGAUUAGGGUGA